AGCAGAUCCUUGCCCCAAGGGUAGGUGGCAGGCAGCGCGCGCGCCCCGGCUGGAGGGGUCCCAUGGUGCCGCCGCCGCUCGCGGCGCGACUGGCCGCCUCCCGCGCCGGGCCCGUGGCCCUUCGCCGUGCGCAGGCCCGCGUGCCCGCCGCGGUGCCGCCCUCGUGCAGACGAGCGGGCGCCCGAGGAGUAAUGAUGUUCAUGGACUGCCAGGCGCACUCAAGCCCGAUGGCCCUGCUCCUGAGUGGCCGCGCCGAGCUCCACACCACUGCUGUUUUGCAGUCUGGCACGGAGAACGCGAACAUGAAUUCGAUUGCGGAUCCGUUCGACAUGCCUUUCGAGGACAGCGACGAGGGCGGGGAGUCCGACGGCGAGGAGCCGUGCGAGGGGGCCCAGGCCGAGCCGCCCGCCGCCUCCGCCGAGGCGGACGAGAAGCGCGCAGGGGGCCUCCAACCUUGGGGGCGGGCGGCGACCGGCAUCCAGCACACGCUACCGCUCCCGCCCGAACGCCAGGGUGAGGGGGCUCCGGUGCCGACCACCUGGCGCCGAGGGCCAUCCAGCGGCUUCCGAUUGCGGCCCGCAUGUUGCUCAUCCACAUUCUUCUCGCUGCUGAGCGGCUCGGUGGGUGGACUGCUGCAUGCAACCUGGUGCUGAUCGUGCUGUUGUGGAACGGACUGUGGAUUUUCAAAGUACAGCUGUCUUCCUCGGGCGUUCGUGGAAUACUUAGUUUCGGCAAGAGGGGGGGAGAGUGGCAGAAUGAAAGCCAGGGGCUGCGGAUGGAGGAUGAGGAUAAUUCAAGAUUCUUGUCGCCAGUGGACGGACGAUGUCCGUGGCGGGCGCGAAGUGCGCCAGUGCCACCUCAGGCCACACAUAGUUCUGCGGGCGACUUCCCGCUGAUGUGUUCAUGCUUUUCCAGGUGGUUGCGACUAGCUGCGAUUUGUCAGUGUUGACCUCGACGGCCUUGCGCUCGGCUCGUCCCGUGCGCUGUCGCCAUCCCGCCCGCGUGCUUUUGUCGGGCCCGCCAACUGAAAAAAAAGUCACGGGAUCUGCAGGGAGCGCUGGGGAGGGCAGGGGUGUGGCCAUGGCCAUGCAUUUUUUUACCUGGUAGUCGAACGUCGAGGACGGGGUUGGCAGUCAAGAGACGUUUCCGCCAGGUGGCACGGGGCGGGACGGAAAGCUCCAUGGGCGGGCCGGCGGUUCGAAGAAGCCCAGUCGUCGAAGGUCUGGCUCAAUUUUCGGCGAUGAGACUUGGCGACCCCUCAGGAGGCAACUUCUGGGAGGUGAAAUUCAGCAGCUGCGCUGGUAUGUCCGCGGUCGAAAACCGGCCUGAUCCUGCUCGCUGUUUUCGUCACCCGGCGUAAUCG